CAGAAGAACGAGACAGAUCUUUCUUGUUGUAUAAUCUUUUUGAGUCGCAUUCAGACUGUAGUGUUAAGGGCAGUGUCGGGAGGGAGGCGGUAGAUUGCAGCUAAGGACGCCCAGAAACAGUCAGACAUGUUCCAGAAAAAUAUCUGAGGCAAACCUUUUGGACUAGCAUCGAUACAGCCUUAGGAUCAGCUGAGCAGGUAGUGUUGUCCACCUUCCCUCUUAUCCAUGAUGAUGUCACACGGCUUCAAGAGCAGUAAAAAGAACUUCACCUUUGGCUCAUGGAACGUGACUGUGGCCAAAACUCAUAUCAUGAAAUCCAAAGACAUUGAACGGUUAGGGGAGGAGCUGAACAUGCCUUCUCUCCCAGAGAUGUUGUUUGGGGACAACGUUCUGCGCAUCCAACACACAGAGGGAUAUGGCAUUGAAUUCAACGCUCUAGACGCUCUCAGGAGAGUCAACAACAUGGAGGACUCUGUAAAGGUGGCCUGUGCUCAAGAGUGGCAAGAGAGCAGAGCUGAUUCUGAAAUCUCCAAAGAGGUGCUGAAGCCUUUUGACUGGACGUACACCACCGACUACAGAGGCACUCUGAUGGGAGAAGGUCUGCAGAUAAAGGUGGGCAAGACCACGGAGCGCAUUGACAUGGAGAAGCUGAAAGCUCGGGAACACAUCAUGUUCUUCGAUGAGGUGUUGCUGUUUGAGGAUGAGCUUCAUGACCACGGAGUCUCAAUGAUUAGUGUCAAAAUCAGAGUGAUGCCCACCAGCUUCUUCCUGCUGCUGCGUUUCUUCCUACGGGUGGAUGGAGUGCUGAUUAGAAUAAAUGACACUCGACUCUAUUAUGAGAAUGGGAGGGAUUACAUGCUCCGGGAGUUCAGCACCAGAGAAAGUAAAGUAGCAGAAUUGAAGUUCCUGAAGUCAGAGGCUGAUCUGGAAUACAUUGAGAGGCGACUGAAGCUUGAUUUUAUUAACGGCGAGGCAGCAAAUGGAUGUUCGACUGAGGAAAAUGUGGCGGUGAUGCUGGAGAACCUGAAGGCCAUCAAGGCUAAACACCUGCUGCUGAAGUCUCAGGUGAAAGACAUCGCUGAAGCACAGCAGGAUUCCAUGGAGUCCAUCAGGAGCAACUUCAGCAAAGUCAUGGAGCUGGUCCAGCACUGUCAGCAAGCGUCAGAUCUGGAGGCAGAGUCACUAACAGAGUUGGAGAAAGAGUCAGCAGUUGUGCUUGGUUCCACUGUUCCACAGACCACAGGAGGGCGUGAAGAAAAUUGACCAGCUGAAGGGUGAGCAGAGCCAGUCGAAGGUCGUGCAGCACAUCGGCUUACCUGAGCUGGACAGAAGAACUCCUGUUUUAAUGUUGUGCUGCCAGAAACAGGAGUGCAAAUUAACUUAAACUAGACUUCAUGAAGUGUUGCAAACAGUCACACGGCUGUGUUUAAUAUGUGAUAUUUUCCUGUAGCUUAUAUAUGUUCAUUCUGUAGCAUCAUAAACAGAAUUUAUGGUGCUGCAAUAGUCUUGAAAUGGUAACACAAAAAUAAAUACCACGUUUAUUGUAACUGCUGAAAUAAAACCAUAUCCAGUGUGCUCCGUGCCGUAUUUACUUCAUGACCGUAACCUAUGUGUUUUGUUAAAUAUCAAAGAUAAUGUACACUGGUAGUGUCAAUAGUUUUUUCUGUAGCAGAACAGAUGCCAUUUCUGCUUUUAUAUUUAUUAUUACUUAUUCGAUUAAACAAUUAUUCAGUAAAAACAAGUCAAACUAACCAAAGGCUUCCCCAACAUCUACACACCAUCCAUAGUUUUAACAGUGAACAUGUAAAAGAAACCAGAAUUAUUGUUUUUUCUUCUUCAUUCGAUUCAGUUUUGGGGGAGGUUGUACGUAAAGGGUUGAUGGAGCCGCAGUACGCAGCUCUGCUGCCUCACAGGCAUUGAACCUCACAAGGUUGCAGGUUCAAUGCCUAGCUGUGGUCUCCCUGGGUAAAGCUUGUGUGUUCUCAUGUGGGUUUUCUGCAAGUACCCAUGUCUCUUCUAACACCAGAGGUGUUGAGUUUUUGAUGACUCUUGUCUUGGUAUUCCUAAGGUGUCUGACGAGAAGAAAAAUAAAGUACUUUUAACAAAGA